UUUAUGUAACGUCGAUAGCAAUUUUCUUUAUCAAUAACCAAUCAAAUGGUGGGUGUGUCGCCUUUCGCCAAUACAACUCCAAUAAUCUCGAAAUUAGUUUCCACCCAACUUUCAAAUUUUUCUAUAAAAGUUUUCGAACAGACUGGCAGAGCAUCACUUUAAAUAUAACUAAGAUAUAAGCUAUUAUAAGCUUAUAUUCUUCUAUCAAAUCAACUACAAUAAGCGUAGCAGUCGUCGACAUGCCUCAUAUUAACAACACGUUGCUGUGCAACUCCGUUUUAAUGCUAGAUCCUUCCGAACAUUAUCGUCCAGAACACAAAAAAAUGGAAGAAUUCAGACAGUACACUACGGACAAGGACGAUCAUAUCCAGAGAAGAGUACGAGAAACUUAUAGGAAAAUGCACAAUAACCAAACUGUACAAUUCGUCGGCGAAAGAACUCGCUACUGGACGAAAUUCGAUAAGUGCCAGAUGAACAUAAUGCAAGCUCUCGAAAAGCUCAACGCUUUAGUAGACGAGAGCGAUCCCGACGUCGACAUCCCUAAUAUCGUGCACGCAUUCCAAACUGCCGAAAGAAUCCGUCAAGCUCACCCUCAAUUGGAAUGGUUCCAUCUGACGGGCUUGAUCCACGAUCUGGGCAAACUGAUGGCUCUGUACGGAGAACCUCAAUGGGCGGUGGUGGGAGAUACGUUUCCGGUGGGAUGCGCUCCCGCAAACUCCAUCGUGUACAGAUCCAGCACCUUCGAAGACAAUCCCGACACAAAAGAUGCCAGAUACAACACUAAAUUUGGCAUAUACGAAGAGCACUGCGGCUUGGAGAACGUUUUAAUGUCUUGGGGCCACGACGAAUACAUGUACCGAGUAUUAAAGAAUCACGGUACUUCUCUACCCGAAGAAGCUCUGUACGUCAUCAGGUUCCACUCGUUCUAUCCGUGGCACACGGGAAAAGACUACGAAUAUUUAUGCAACAACAAAGACAUGUGCAUGUUGAAAUGGAUCAGGGAAUUUAACAAAUUCGACUUGUAUUCGAAAUCGCACGAAGUUCCGGACAUCGAGUCUUUGAUUCCCUAUUACCAGUCUCUGAUCGACAAAUACAUUCCAGGAAAAGUGAAGUGGUGAAUUAGUUUGGUCUCGUGAACACGAAUGCUAUACAAUUCGUAUAAAUUAUAUUUAACCACUGAGUGGUCACAGUUUUAUAGAGUUAUACAUUUUUGAUAUUCGCAAAAUAUAUACAUUUGUAUUAUACAUACUUGUUGAAUUAUUAAAUAUAAAAUUGGUUUUAUUUAAAUAAUGCUUGAAAAUUAUAAAGCAUUUGUGUUUCUUGUAUUUAUAAAAUAAUCGAGACAUACACGUCACGUUUUUCUACUGGAAUUUCACAGGAAAUAUAUAUAUAUAACCUCUUUUGUUUUGAUGACUGUUUUUACAGACAAAUACAGACAAAAUAGAAGGUACAGUACGUGUAAAUUAUAAGUAUGAAGCACAAAUAAUUUUCAUUGUUCACCGCACUCAUUUUACUUGUCUGCUACGUGAAGCUCUGGUUCGAUUUCCAGCCGAUGCGAUUGUUUAAUUUUGUUCUUUAUCGCGUAUAUAUUUUUCAAGAUAAAUGAUAAUAAAAUCCUACAAAAUUUACUGUAAAUAUUCACCCACAUUUAUAUUUAAGU